GGCUUUUGUCAUUACUCAUUUCACUUCACAUCAUCAAAAAAGAGCAUUUGCCUUUCGCAGCCACGUUGUUGGGCUUUUUUUAUUCUUCAAAAAUAUCGAAUUUUCAGCGAAUAAAUAAACAUGGUUUUGGAUUUAGAUCUUUUCCGCAGUGAUAAGGGUGGCAAUCCCGACAAAAUUCGUGAAAAUCAAACCAAACGCUUCAAAGAUGUAGCUUUGGUUGAGACCGUCAUCAAUCAGGACACCGAAUGGCGACAGCGAAGACAUCGUGCAGACAAUCUUAACAAAGUUAAAAAUGUUUGCAGCAAAGAAAUCGGUGAAAAAAUGAAGAAGAAAGAACCACAAGGAGAUGACAAGGAACCAGUUCCUGAGAAUUUAAAAAAAGAUCUAACUGAAAUAACUGCUGAUAUUCUCAAAAGUCUGACUGUCAAUCAAAUCAAGAAAGUUCGUGUCCUCAUCGACGAAGAUAUGGCCGAAAACGAAAAGCUCUUGCAACAAGCUGAAGCAGCUCGUAAUUCUGCCCUCCGUGAGGUUGGCAAUCACUUGCAUGAAAGUGUACCCGUUAGCAACGACGAGGAGGAGAACAAGGUCGAGCGUACCUUCGGUGAUUGCACAGCUCGUGGCAAAUACUCUCACGUCGAUCUCAUUGUCAUGAUUGAUGGCAUGAAUGCUGAAAAGGGAGCCGUUGUCUCCGGUGGAAGGGGGUAUUUCCUCACAGGGGCUGCUGUGUUCCUUGAACAAGCACUCAUUCAACACGCACUCCAUAGCCUAUACAAAAAAGACUACACCCCCUUGUACACCCCAUUUUUCAUGCGCAAAGAGGUGAUGCAAGAAGUUGCACAACUUUCGCAAUUCGAUGAGGAACUUUACAAAGUUGUCGGCAAAGGUAGCGAAAAGGCUGAAGAGGCUGGUGUGGAUGAAAAGUACUUGAUCGCCACAUCCGAACAACCAAUCGCCGCUUACCAUCGUGACGAAUGGUUGCCAGAGGCUUCCUUGCCCAUCAAAUAUGCUGGUCUCUCGACAUGCUUCCGGCAAGAAGUCGGCUCUCAUGGACGUGAUACUCGUGGCAUAUUCCGAGUGCAUCAAUUCGAAAAGGUCGAACAGUUUGUGCUGACCUCGCCACACGACAACAAGUCCUGGGAAAUGAUGGAUGAAAUGAUUGGCAACGCUGAACAAUUCUGUCAGUCCCUUGGCAUUCCAUAUCGAAUUGUUAACAUUGUUUCGGGUGCCCUUAAUCAUGCUGCCUCAAAAAAGCUGGACUUGGAAGCAUGGUUCGGAGGCAGUGGUGCAUUCCGUGAGCUUGUAUCAUGCUCAAAUUGCUUGGAUUACCAAGCAAGGAGGCUGCUUGUGCGUUAUGGCCAGACAAAGAAGAUGAAUGCUGCAGUAGAUUAUGUGCACAUGUUGAAUGCAACAAUGUGUGCUGCAACUCGUGUCAUCUGUGCUAUUUUAGAGACUCAUCAAACCGAAACUGGUAUUAAAGUGCCAGAGGUUUUGAAGAAAUUUAUGCCUGAAAAAUAUCAAGAUGAGAUUCCGUUUGUUAAACCAGCUCCAAUUGAUGUUGAAGCAGCUACUGCUGCAACUAAGAAGGGUAAAAAGGCUAAGGAAGCAGCUGCCUAAAAGGUAUACAUUACCACAAUUACUCUCUACACUUCGAUCUAAUAGAAUCUGCGAGACAACAUGAUGUCCUGUUUUUUUUUUUUUUUUUUUUGGCUUUUAUAUAAACGAU